AUGACAAUUACUUCCCGGCCACUUGUUGCCAUUUUCUGCCUAUUUCUGCUGAAUUUGGCAGCCGCUCAAACGACCGAAUCGGUCGAUGAUGAUGGGACCACGACGACUGAGAAGCCGACGACUACGGAAGAUGUGAGCCACCACGUGUUCUGCCCCCAGAGCUACGGACUUAUCGAUCCACUCGAAGCCAUCCGCUACGCUACAACACGCAAUUGCAGCAUCGGGCUGCCCAGGGAACCGGCCUCGGUCCCCGUCGAAAAUCAGAGGCGCCAGGUGCUCGAAGAGUUGGCCGGCCUGGAGAUCGUCCAUUACUACUGCCCGUUUCGCACCUUCUUCUGCGACGGCGUCUGGGUGAACGGCUCGAAGAUGGCGAACGCGACGGCGAUGGGCUGCUACAAUUUCAAGACGGUUAAGAUGAUCACCAAUUACACACUGAGCACUUGCCAUUGUGAGCCCCAGGAGGGAAAGGAGCCGCGGCUUGUCGAACCCGUCCAUCCCAGCCUCCCGGCCGUUGCUGAGCACUAUAAAAAGAACUGGACGACGUGCGGGUGGAAAAUUCAGCUGCGCAAGGAGGACGUGAUGUCCGAAGACGACCCCUCGCCCACCAACUACUCGGCCCCCCACCGCACUAUCGGUUGGCUGACCGCGGGAAUGGUGGCCGGCUUGCUGAUGAGGAGCCUCAACUAC